AUGGUCGAAUACUUGAAUUUGCUCUUGACAAGAAAUUGAGAGUAUCACCACUUCAAAAAGCACUUGUUGUAAAACUAGUAAAGUGUUACCUUAAAGCCAUUUUUUUGGUUAUUGGUGAUGGUGCAAAUGAUGUUUCAAUGAUUCAAACAGCUCAUAUUGGUAUUGAAAUUAGUAGUCUUGAAGGAAUGCAAGCUGUUCGUAGUGCAAAUAGCAUACAAGUGGCAGAUCACUGGUUUUGGGGUAUGGCACUGUAUAUAGCAGUUUUAGCAACCGUUUUAGAGAAAGCUGCAUUAAUAACAGA